AUAUAUUCUCUUUCCUCUAUCACCAUUAUGGCUACUAAUCAUCAAAAUGAUUUACGCGUUCCAAUUCCUGAAGACCAACCUCACCCAAAACAAUUGCCGGCAGAGGAAGAGUUUGAUUACUCGCAAAGAGGACAGUGGCUUCGUGCAGCUGUCUUGGGAGCUAAUGAUGGCUUGGUUACUGUUGCAUCUCUGAUGAUGGGUGUUGGUGCCGUUAAACAAGAUGCCAAGGCCAUGAUUCUCUCGGGAUUUGCUGGACUAGUUGCAGGUGCAUGCAGUAUGGCAAUAGGAGAAUUUGUUUCCGUAUAUUCUCAGCUAGAUGUUGAAGUGGCUCAAAUGAAGAGAGAAAAGAGAAUGAUAGAAAAUCAGGAAGAAAAGGAGAAAGAACAGCUGCCAAAUCCUAUUCAGGCAGCUGUAGCAUCGGGUCUUGCAUUUUCUCUAGGUGCAGUUGUUCCUUUACUUGCUGCUUCCUUCAUAGGGGACCAUAAGGUGAGGUUGGGAGUGGUGGUAGCAGCUGUGAGCUUCGCACUUGUGGUUUUCGGGUGGAUUGGGUCUAUGAUUGGGGGCACAUCUGUGGUGAAGCCUUGCUUUAGGGGUCUGUUUGGAGGGUUGAUGGCUAUGGCCAUCACUUUUGGACUAACCAAACUGAUUGGCUCUAGUGGACUUUAACUUUGUAAUUGGACCAUUUUCUUGUUUAUGUAAUAAAAUGUAUGUCUUUUUUAUUUC